GUCUGCUCGCUGCGAGGUCGUUUAUAUGUUGCCACGAGUUAGCGGCGAAUUUGGAGAGAGUCCAUUUUGAGCUUCGACUCCGGCAUUUUCCUUUUAACUCUCUUAAAUAACCCACCAUCAACAUGGCAGAUAACGACAGUUUGUUCAUGGAGACGUCGGAGCAGAACGGCGAUGAGAACGGAGCGGAGCAGAUGUGCGGCGGCGAGGAAGGCCAGGAUAAUGGCACAGAGGGGGGGAAGAUCGACGCCAGCAAGGGAGAGGAGGACGCUGGGAAAAUGUUUGUGGGCGGCCUCAGUUGGGACACGACUAAAAAGGACCUGAGGGAUUACUUCUCCAAGUUUGGCGAGGUCUCAGACUGCACCAUCAAAAUGGACGUCGGCAGCGGCAAAUCCCGAGGCUUUGGCUUUGUUCUCUUCAAAGACUCGGCCAGCGUUGACAAGGUUCUGGCCGUGUCCGAACACAAACUGGACGGGCGUCAGAUCGACCCCAAGAAGGCCAUGGCCAUCAAGAAGGAGCCCAUCAAGAAGAUCUUUGUGGGAGGGCUGAACCCAGAAGCCCCAGAGGAAACCAUCAGGGAACACUUUGCCACUUUUGGAGAGAUUGAGGCCAUUGAGCUUCCCACCGACCCCAAGUCCAAGAAGAGGAGGGGCUUCAUCUUCGUCACUUUCAAGGACGAGGCCUGUGUGAAGAAGUGCCUGGAGAAGAAGUACCACACCAUCCACGGAGGCCGAUGUGAGCUGAAGGUCGCCCAGCCGAAGGAGGUCUACCAACAGCAGCAGCACUACGGCGGUGGACGUGGAGGCGGGUUCGGAGGCCGCGGCAGAGGUCAGGGCCAGGGAUGGAACUCGGGCUACGGUGGUCCCGGCUACGGCGGUGGCUAUGGAGGAGGCUACGGCGGCUAUGGAGGUUAUGGCGGCGGAUACGGCGGAGGCUAUGGCGGGGGCUACGGCGGCUACGACUACUAUGGAUAUGGUCAGGGAUACGACUACAAUCAGGGCAGCCCCAGCUAUGGAAAAACCCCCAGGAGGGGGUCGCACCAGACGAGCUACAGACCCUACUGAUGAUGUGACAGCAGGACUACAGCGCUCCGGUGACGUGGACCCGCUGGACCUCCGGACCUGGACGACCUCUUUUAUGACAGAAACCUUUUUGUACAGAAAAAAAAGAUCACAUAAACAAAUGUAACUUUUCCAUGUUGUUUUGUUUUUUUUUUUGUUUUUUUUUCUUUUCCUUCAUUUAUUUUUUAGGUUUUACUUUUCCCUUUGGUGUUUUUUUUCCCCUCCCUUCCACAUUUCCAACAUGGAAGUGUAAUUUUUACUGUACUUUUUGGUACCUGUUUUGAUUCUAAUGUAUUUGUGAGGGUUGUAUUUUACAUGUUUGCCGUCUUUACAGCUGCAAACGCUCAAAGCUGUAGAGAAGUUUUUUUUUGUUUGUUUGUUUUUUGUUUUGGACAAUAAACAGUUUUCAGUAAUUUUUGUUUUGAUGCUUGUAGACUCUGGAUGAUGAUGAUGGCUCGACCUCUGAGGAUGAAUUUGACCGAACAAAAGCCGGCGACGACUCUCGUGCUCGCCCUCGUCUGUUUUGUCGGCUUGUUUUCGUUGAAAGUGCUUUUUUUAUUUUUGAUCAUGGAGUUUCUGCUUCGUUGUUCUGGUUCGACUUCGGGCUUCUGAAGUCUUUAGAUCUGGAAAACUGAUAAUAAACAUUCACGUUUGUA